AUGGCGACGACCCUCGCCUCCAAUACCGGCGAUGGUCCGGCGCCAUCGUCCGCCUCUACGGCCGUAACGACGCGAGCCAACCACGUUCUCAAGAUCGACGGCGCGGGAGGCCAUACCUGGCACAUCAACUACCGUCGCAGGGGAAGCAGCGACAACAGCACGGACUACAUCUCCUUCUACCUCGUUCUCGAAGACGUCGUCGACGAGACCGUGUCAGCGGCACAGAUCACGUUCAGCCUACUUGACCAAGAUGGGAAGCCGGUGCCGUACCACACCCAUACCACCAAAGCGUUCAACUUCUCACCUGGUAGUAGCUCCUUUGGGUUCGACAACUUCAUCCUGAGAAAGGAUCUCGAGGAAUCGAAACAUCUCAAGGACGACUGCUUCGCCAUUGGUGUGCAUGUCAUUAUUAUUGUUACCAAGCAAGAAGCGUCGUCGUCGUCGUCGUCUGUCAAAUUAGUGCCACUGCCGUCGGACAUACACCGGCAUUACGGCGAUCUCCUCUCGAGCAAACUAGGCUCCGAUGUAAAGUUCAUAGUCGGUGGCGAGACGUUCGCCGCGCACCGUUUAGUGCUCGCGGCACGGUCGCCGAUCUUCAAGAUAAAGCUCUUUAGGACGUCAACCUGCAAGGACGAGGGCACCACCCCAGAUGCAAUAACGAUCAACGACAUGGAUGCACAAGUGUUCAAGGCUAUGCUUUCUUUCAUCUACACAGACAGUUGGCCAGAGAUAGAUCAAGAGAAUGAGGCGGCAAUCGCUCAACAUCUGCUCGUUGCGGCGGAAAGGUAUGGCCUGGAUAGGUUGAAGCUGAUGUGUGAAGAUAGAUUGUGCCAUGGCAUUAUUGAUAUGGGUUCCGUGACAACCAAUUUGGUGCUAGCCGAGAAUCACUAUUGCCAUAGUCUCAAGAAGGCAUGUUUGGAGCUGCUAGGUUCCUCGACAGCUCUAGCGGAGUUCAUGGAAACGGAUGACUUUCGGUAUUUAACCAAAAGCUGUCCUGGUAUUUUGAAUGACCUAAUUUGCAACGUUGUUGCUCGUGAAAGGGAAAGGACAAAAAUUUUAUUGGGGAAUAAGGGAAGACAAUGUGACAGCAUAGAUAUCAGGCUUCAACCAUGGAAAAACUCAGCUGCUGCCCAGAAAGAUCAAGUAAAGAUAAUGCUGUCAAACACAAGUUUCUAUAGUGGAACCAGUUUUGUAUGA